CUACGGAGUGCAGGGGGCCGCCAGCCGGUCGCUGUUUGGACCACUAGUUACUGAACAGACCCCCUGGCUGCUGGAGGCGUCGCUUUCUCCGUUUGGGGACCGUCGUCCAGACUCCCAAACUGAAACUCAGUCAGAUGUUGACAAUCAUGAAAAGAAAUUGGCGUUUAUUGCUGCUUCUUCUUGCUGCACCAACUCUGUCUGCAGUCACUCUCCAGAAAGAAGUGCUUUCAUUCGAGGACCUGGCGAGUAACUCGAUGGCGUACCAGUCAAGCUGCUCGGACUCGACGCUGCUGCGUCUGACGCCGAUCCAGUGGUACUUGGCGUACACGUGCACGUUCAUCUCGGGCGGGUGUCUGGCGCUGUUUGUGGCGGAGCGCGCGUGUCGCAGCGGCCGCCUCGUGUGGCUCUACCCUGGCCGCACGGUGCACGCCCUGGCGUGGACCCUGCUGCUGGCGCACCUCACCUUCCUGCUGGGCGUGGGCAGGGACGAGGUGCAGGUCGUGUGCACCGCGGUCGCCGCCGCCCUCCACUACCUGCUGCUCUCCUCCUUCUUCUGGCUCAACGUCAUGUGCGUCGACAUUUUUCGCUGCUUUUUCUUCGGUACGUAUCGUCCGGUGGCUGGACGGCUUUUCCUUCGAAGUGCCCUCUACGCCUGGGGCCUCCCGGCCCUCAUCACCGCCCUCGCCCUAGGCCUCGAUCAGAUCGAGGAACUCACUGCAGAGUCCAGCAAGACUGCCUCAGCUAUAAAACCGUGCUACGCGCGGGGUGGCGCUUGCUUUUUCGGUUCGGGCGCCGGCUUUGGGGUGCUUUUCGGCGUCCCCGUGUGUCUUCUGCUGCUGGUGGACGGGCUGGCGUUCGCGGCCAUCAUCUUCUGGAUGCGGGACAGCCGGGCGGAGGCGGCCCAGCGGCGCGAGGAGGCGGCCCAGCAGCAGGAGGGCGACGCGGAGGCGGCCAAGGUGACGGUGGCGUCGCUGCGGCGGCGCCGCAGCAGCGCCAUCAGCAGCCGCGAGCACCACCGCUUCAAGGCGUACGUGCGGCUGUCGCUGGUGCUGACGAUGCCGUGGUGCUGCGGGGUGGUCGCCGCGGUCGGCGAGUUCCCCUUCCUGUGGUACGCGGCCGUCGCCCUCGUCGGCCUGCAGGGCGCCUUCCUCUUCGUCGCGUUCGGCGCCAAACGACGACUCACGCAGAUGGCGUGGAAAAAGGCCACCGGCAAGCCUCUGCGCAGGAGGACCACCAGAAGGCAGCAGGCGGCCAAGGCUGCGGACGGAAAUAACGCAGAGCAGAGCCAAAGUGGCUCCCAAGUCGGGCAGCAACAAGUCCAAGACCAAGAAGUGUGAUUAUUGGGGAAAACAAUUAAAUUAUUAAAUUAUAUACUUAAAAUGGAAAUAAAAACGAGCAAAUUAAUUAUUAUAUCCUUAAAUUGAAUUUUUAUUUUAUAAGAAAUA